AUGGGAUCCCUUGCCCCUACACUCUCCUUUAAUGUCCUUGGAGACACCAGGCCCAAUGACACAACGCUCCCAGCCUUCAUGGUCUCAACCACGCGGGGUUUCCUGCCUCGUCAGGAACCCAUCGUCCAACUUCCUUCAGAGUUCGAUAAACUUGAAUCAAUCCUCACUCGCAUGCCCAUCAAGACUUUGAGUGGUACGCCGGGCCUCCUUGCCACAGGUACACUCGGCGAAACUGUGCUGAGGGAGCUGCCCGACCUCACCAGCGCCAUCGACAAGUACAAAGACAACCUCCCUCUUAUGAAUGCGCUCUAUCGUGACUACUCUUUUCUAGCUUCAGCUUAUCUUCUGGAGCCCUGUCAUGAGCGAUUCAUGAAAGGAGAGAGUUAUGGUCUCGGUCGUCAGACACUCCCUUCCGUCAUCUCGUUGCCAAUAUCAAGAUGUGCUGAGCUCGCUGGAUUCAAACCUUUUAUGGAGUAUGCCGGCUCGUACGCCCUGUUCAAUUAUCGUCUUGAGGACCCAUCACGUGGCCUUGAAUACGAUAAUCUGCGACUCAUACGUGCAUUCGAGCAUGGCCUCGAUCCAAAAUCAUCUGAGGCAGGAUUUGUUCUCGUUCACGUCGACAUGGUUCAAAACUCUGGACCACUUGUCGAUGGUGUCAUGUCUGCCCUAGAUGCCUGUGAAAACAAUGACCGUCAAGCCUUCGAUGUAGGCUUGAAUAAAGUCAUUGAGAGUAUGACUAAAGUCAACAAAGUUAUGGAUCGUAUGUGGGGAAAGAGUAAGCCAAAUGAUUACACAUCUUUCCGGACAUUUAUUUUUGGAAUUACAAGUCAAUCUAUGUUCCCACAUGGAGUUGUAUACGAAGGUGUCUCCGAAGAGCCCAUGUCUUUCCGCGGCGAGUCUGGGGCCAAUGAUAGCAUGAUCCCCCUUUGCGACAACCUACUCCAAAUCGACAUGCCAAAUACCCCUCUCACCAAUAUCCUCAAAGAUUUCCGUUCCUACCGUCCAGGGAACCACCGAGAAUUCCUCGAAUACGUCAACGCGCGCGCUACUCACCUAUCUCUGAAAUCAUACGCUCUGCAAGAACCGUCUUCAGCAGCACUGUACUUGCUAGCCCUUAACCAGGUUCGCGAUUUCAGAUGGAGACAUUGGUGCUUCACUCGAGAGUACAUUCUCAAGAAGACGAGCCAUCCGACAGCUACGGGUGGAAGCCCGAUCGUGACGUGGCUGCCGAAUCAACUGCAGGCUGUCAUGCAGGCAAUGGCUGAUGUUUGGGAGGGAAGUGGUAAGACACUGGGCCGAGAAUGCGAGGAGGUUAUGGAUCUGUUGUACGUGCAGGGAGAGACAUUGAAGAAGGAGGUGGAGAAGUAUUGCAAGGAGAGAAACGUCGAGGUCAACUAAGUCUGCGCGGUUCGGUGGAGAAUCCGGUAUUCCAAAAUCUGUUAAUAUUCACAAUUAUCAAGGCCAUUUCAGGGUUCACGAGAAGAGC